UUCCCCAUCCUCACAACUCUCCCCAGUAAGUAAGUCAUGUUUAACAUGCUACCGGAGCCCCUCUCACCGUGUCUCUCUCUCUGUACAGGCAGGCGGCGCCCUAGGACACCAGCUGCCGUCCCGCCCCUACACCCCGCCAGCACCAGCCGGAGGACCCAGCAGGAGGGCUCAGGGGCACAGUGUGGGCGUCAGGACGUGUGCUGAAGGGCACAGAGGAGGAGCCGGUGGUGUGGGGGGUGGUGGGGUGGUGCAGGUAUACAGGAAUAAGGAAGAGGGUGGAGGAGGGGGUUAGGAGCAGGGGGUGCUGCUGGGGGGGAUGAGGCUCCCCGCCCCCCGCCCACCUCUUGCUGGAGUGGCCACCACCGCUCUCCUGCUGACCAGCCUGCUCACCCCUGGAGCGGGCGGGGAGUGCGUGGUGGAGGGGUGCAGCAAGGCCUACAUAGCGGGUCUGGACGCCGGGGUGGCCGAGGGCGCCACCGUCGCCUACUGCAGCCUCGUGCACCGCUACAGUCAGUGCACGGACGCCCUCGCCAGCACCUGCAGGGGUGACAUCUACUACCACUCCAUCAAAAAGAUGCUCUCCAAUUUCAUGUCUAAAUACAACUGCAGCAAGGUGUUGCCGGCGGAGGAGCUGCAGCCCCCCCCGCCCGCGGUGGGCGUGCCGCCGCCGCCCACCCACGCCCACGACGUCUGCCAGUACCGAGGUAGCGACGCCCCCGCCCACUGUGGGCUCUUCGGUGACCCUCACUUGAAGACCUUCAAUGACUCGUACAUGACGUGUGGGGUGGUGGGGGCGUGGCCCCUCCUCAACACCCCCCACCUGGCCAUCCAGGUCACUAACGAGGCUGUCGGGCCUGCCAACCACGCCACUGCUACCACCAAGGUGACCGUCAUCAUCAAGGGCCACGACGUGUGCGGGUCGGAGCGGACGUACGAAGCGUCGACGGACGCCCUCCCCCGAGCCUUCGUGGACGGGAGCACGUGGUCAGGCGGGGCGGCCCACCACGCCCACGUGCAGGUGGUGGAGCAGCUGCCGGGCGAGCACACCCUCAUCACCAUCUCCUACAUCAACGCCACCGUCGCCGUCAGGAAGAUCGGCAGGUACCUGACUGUGCAAGUAACUUUGCCGGAAAAAUUGCUGAGAGACGUGGAAGGUGGUGAUGAGUUGCAGUUGUGUCUCCAGGGGUGUCCGGUUCGUGAACUCCUCGACAAGGCAGGCAUAGCAUCAGCUGUUGCUAUGAGCAAAGACAAGGCUACAAUGCUGUGUAAAGAAUAUAAUGUGACUGAUUAUUACCUGGAUUCCUGCAUCUUCGACCUCGUUACAACAGGUGAUCAAAGCUUCCGAAUUGCAGCUCAAGCGGCUCAGAAGGAUCUCUGGGAACACGACCCUAUUGGGGCACAGAGACUCCUCCGCAACUGUUCACAGCCACCGUGUGUGUGGGAUAUAAAUUCUUCGUUUCAAAAUCCAUACCAUUCUAGAGCCUUGCUAAUACUGGCUCUGGUAAUAUUGAUUGUAAAUGUGUGGGCUGAACGGUAGCCAGCAUCUGGGACAUUAGCAUCCACAAGACAGUGUUUAGAUGAAGUGAAAGCUAAAGUCACAGUUCUGUGGCAAGCAACAUAAUAUGCAUUAUACUGACAAUUUAGUGACUAAAGAUUCUCUGAAAUAUUAUAUAUUUAUCUAAACAAAAUGUUAUGAAAAGUGGUAAUUAGUCACAAAUACUGUUAUAGCCAAAAGAUGAAAAAUAUGCACUCAAGAUGUAGGUGUUUUUAGCUUCUUUAUUCAGAACCUGAACAUAAUGCAGUACUGUAGUCACAAUCUUGUGAUUACAAAAGAGUGUUUGUUUCUGGAAGUUAAUGUAUAUAAUGCUAGUAUCAAAAUAUGAUAAACCUUCCGUCUUAAACUGUACAUGUAUAGAUGAGACAUAAUGUAACUGUAGUCGUAAUUUAUGCAUAUUCAUAUUUUGUAUGAAGUGAAUGUCUUUCUAUUUAUUAUAUAGCAACAUUUCUUGUGUCUGACAAAGAGAAUACUGAGUUUUGCUUUUAUAGAAAAUAUAUAACUGAAAAAAUCCUAGUUAUAAAUUUCUUUAACAAUAUUAAAAAUCUAACAGUCAGUAUUACAUACUUUUAGUUUUGUUUAUAAAGUGUUUUUAGCUCUAAUAAUAUUUUAAACAUUGUGUUGCUCCUACUUCACUGAAUUUUAUGCAUACAGUAUAUUUUUCCAAAGAAAAUGAAGAGCUGAAAGAUGAAAAAUUUUUACUACCCAACUCAGCCCCCCUCUCCCACCCCCAUGUCACGAAGCAUACCUCAUUACUGUCACUGUGAAUAUAGUGUCCUACUGCUCCACUUAAUAUACCCUACCCAGGAUCAUGUAGCUCGUUUAGCCUCACUUUUGCAACUGUUCCUCUUUAAUGUGCCAAGAUGCUCAACGUUUUCCAGUCUAGCAACUACAUAACACUUUUCCUUGAUAGGUGAGAGGAGAUUGAGGCUCUUGUAUUUAUUGGCAUAACUAGUUUAGCCUUGGUCACGAGCUUGAACAGUUAUAAGAGAUGUAUGUAGUGCUAUUACAACGAUCGAGCUUAUUUAGGAAACUAUUGUAGUACCUGGUUAAUGUGGUUAGCAACAUUUUCUCCAAAGAUCGUACAAUUGUAAUCCAGAUGAACUGCUCUAAACUUCAAGCUUUUGUAAUUUUUUUGUUUUUUGGAAAUUAUCAGAUUGACUUGAAAUUAUAAACUGAGUAAUAAAAUUGGUACAAAGAAUGAAAAGAGUUUAUCUGGAAUACAUGUUAAUGAUAGCACUAAUCUCUGUAUUUCUUGGACUGCAGGUCCAAGAAAUACAGAUAUCAGUGCCAGUACAGAAAUUACAUAUAGCUAUGCUUCCAUCUCUCUCUAACUAGUAUGUACAGUACUGUACUGUACAUCAAUGAAUUCAACAACUGUUAUAUGUGCUUAUUAUUCUGUAUUACUGGGUAUAUCUUUAUGUAUUCAUACACAUACAAGAUUAUUCUUGAGCUAGGAAGAGAUAGUUGUAGGUUCACUUUUAGACCAUUUAUCAUCUGUUACUUUUUAAUGUUUCUGCUAUAUUUAUCAGCAUCAUUAGUAAAGUGGAAGGUUUCAAAUAAUGUUAUAAUUAAUAGAUCAAGAGACACCACAUGAAUCUAACUCUUGUAAUUAACAAGGACUGUGGUCUUCCAACUCAUUGCUGCUAAUGUUAUAUCUGGUAUACCUUAUAUUAUAUCCUGCUGGGUAUGUUGACAGUUUCCUGGGUUAGAGGAAUGGGCUAAUUGAGGACCCAGCAAACUUUAGAUUAACAAAAAAUCUUCCUAAACUUUUGUGACUAUGCAUUUUAUAAUAGAAGACAAUAUCCAGAAGCAGUAGUGCUUCUUAACACCCUAAUUCAAUCCCAUCUUCCUCUUUUAGUCAUAUAUGUACCAAAAAAAACUGGGAUCACAUGAUUUAGUUGAAAUAUUGCAUCUUGGCAAUUAACAAGAUUAAAAACGGUGGCAUAAGUUCUUUGUUUACAAGACCUAAUAAUGUAAGCAGUUUGAUUAAUAUAUGAGAGCUUAAUAAAUUCUCAUGGGCUAUUAUGAAUUAACAUUAUUAUUGAUAAUCCUGACCUAUAUACAGAGUGUAUAUUGCUCCCUAAACUGUUUUUAAUUGAGUUUGAAAAUCUAAACUUUUAUUAUUAUUAUUAUUAUUAUUAUUAUUAUUACAACUACAAGUACUGUACUACUAUUUAUAAAUUAAUUUAUAUAUAUAAAUAGGAAAUGGGUUAAGUGAGCAGAAUUUACAGAAAAAAUUUGUUUGAAUGCAAAUAUGAAAUUGAUGGGUGUGUAAUGGGUUUAUAGUCUGGUCUUACAAUUGAAAUUCUACAAUUUUAUUAAUGCAUUUACAUCAAACUUUUAUUAUUUCCCUCCAGUUAAAGGUUAGUUAUUGAUACAAAAACUGAAUAUUCAGCAUACCUCAUGAUUUGAGUUUUUUCUAGUUCACUGCAACUGGCAAGCUCAUUUAAAGUAAUUACAAAUGAUUUCUAUAAUUUUAUUCUAUAUGCUGCUAAUAAAUUUCAAGGAUUUUCAAAGUUUGACUUUAUUCAAUAAUAAACCAAAAAUAUUGAGUAGUGCUGAUGAGGAUGCUCUUGUACAUUGUUGGAUCCUCUAUGAAACGUAAUUCCCUUAUUACUCCCUGCAGUUAGAACUCUUACCUGAGUACCACACAAAACGAUCUCAUUAAACAGGAUGUCAACGGUACUAGAUUCUGAAGUAUAAUUCCAUUACAUUUCAGCAUAAAAGUCCCCUUAACUACACCCACAUGAAGCACAUGUCAUAGAUCUCAUUAUAGAACUGCCUGCAAAUUGUGUAUACAUUUGUAUAGUAUCCUAUAUUUAUUAUUUUGUGCAUAUUUGUUGGUUAAUGUUUGGUGACUUUUAUAGCUGAAUAAUGGAAAAUUGUAAAUAGCCAACUAUGUGUACAGUGUAAAUAUGGUUUUUGAGCAGUUGUCAUAUCUAUGUUGUACAAUAUGUGUUACAUGUGUUUCUAUAUUUUACGUUCUGUCUUACUCUAGCAGUCUCGCAUUUUAGACCAGUUGUACUGUACUUGUGAAGCUGGUUGUCAUAGACUCACUCCUUUAAAGGGCCUCCCAGCACGACUUGCCUCCAUACAGUCAUAGCUGUCCACAAAUGAGACUGAACACUGAUGGCUUGUCUCCCAUGUAUUUUAUAAAUGUCCCACAUACAUGACUGGACAUUCAUGGUAGACUUGCCAUGAGUAAUUUAUGUCUGUUGGAGAUACAGUAUGUGAAUACAUCACAUGCACGUGCAAGACAUGUAGGGCUGGCCUCUGAUUCUGGACUGAAGAUCCAUUAUAGGGAAAAUGUUUUUACUAAUGAGCUUUGGUGAGGGUGUUUCUCUGGACUAUGGCUGUUUAUACUACUGGUAAUUUAGUUAGCUCACACAAAUAUUUAAAAUAUUUUGCCUUAAUGCAUUUUAAGAGUUUUUUAAAAUUAACUCUUAAUUUCCUGCAUAAAUAUUUGCCCACCUGUAAUCCUACAAUUUUCCUUCCUUUCCCUAGUUUCCAAACCUAAACUGUGAUGACAUUCACGAGUCUGUGAGUGUGUAGAAGCAAGGAGACAGGUGUCAAGGUGCCACCCAACUUAAUCAACAUUCACACCACAUUACCAUGUGCAAACAUUACUUUAUAAUUGUAUGUUCAGUAUAAAUUAAUUAUAUGUAGAAUCCAUAAAGUAAAUUUUUAUUGGAAAAUAAAAUUUUCAGUUUCUAGUAAAUCAUUCCAGUUGUGGCUAUGUCUUCGUCUUAUUCUAGUCAGUUAGGGAAGUGAAGUUAUGCAAUUAUAGAAAAUGAUUAUACUGUAAUUAUUAUUGCACAGUAUAUGGAUUAAAUCAUUACGUAUUUCAACAUCAUAUUUCCUACAUCUUGAGAUGUAGAUACUCAGAGCAAAUGUUCUUCACCAUUUCACUACAUUUGAGAUGUGUAUCAGUAACAAAUAUCAGCUAUUUUUAUGUUCACAUUGUUAUUUUGAACCAUUUUGGGCAUAGCUUUUUAAAAAAUUUAAAACAUAUAUUUAACAUCUUGGAUAAUUACUUUGGCCUUUAAUAAGUUAUAUACUGUACAGUUAAAUGGUAGGCCUAAAUUUGUUUCCUUAUGAUUCUAAAUUUCAUUUUGUAUUGUGUGAAGUCAUUGCCAUCCUGUCUCUAUUGCAAAUUAAGUUCCUUUCUUAUUAAGUAUUUAUUUUGUACUGGCCAUACUACUUUGCUGACUCAGUUAAGAAAAUUAUGUAUAUAGGUAUUGAUGAUGCAACCCACCAACCGGUUUAUAGGUUAACCUUAUAACAUGGUUUGUGGGACUCUGGGUACAAUAUUUACAUGUUACUUUAUACUUUUGUUGUCCAUUUCUAAAUGAAGUUUAAUCUCAAUUCAAUGUAUGUAUUACUUCUGUAAUUCAUACUGUAUAUUAAAUUCAGGCAGGUUUCCUCUAUACUGUAUAGCCAUAAUGUGUUUCCAUAACAAACACAGAGGUCCGUUGUGUGUACAGGGUCGAGACGCUGACAAGGUAUUCCAGAAUAAUAAAUAGAGAUUUUCCACA